GUAGCUGUCAUGGCGGCCGCCCGCAGGUUGCAGCUGUGCGCCGUGUCUCCCACAGCGAAACACUCCGCGUCUGUGGUGUUCCUCCACGGAUCAGGUGACACUGGGCAGGGCCUGAGAGCCUGGGUCAGAGACGUGAUGACUCCAGACCUCGCCUUCCCCCACAUCAGAGUCCUCUACCCCACAGCUCCAGAGAGGCCUUACACUCCAAUGCGAGGGGCUGUGUCUAACGUCUGGUUCGACCGGAUGAAGAUUUCCAGGGAUUGUCCGGAGCAUCUCGACUCCAUUGACUCCAUGGCUGAAAGUUUAGGCUCCAUUAUCCAGGAUGAGGUCAAAGCAGGCAUCCCCAAACACAGAAUCAUCGUAGGCGGCUUCUCGAUGGGAGGAGCUAUGGCGCUGCACCUGGCCUGUCGCUUCCACCCCGACGUCGCCGGAGUCUUCGCUCUCUCCAGCUUCCUCAAUAAAGACUCUGUGGCUUAUCGGGUGGUCGAGGAGCGUUGCGGGUCUGGUCUGCCUGUCCCGGAGCUACUUCAGUGCCACGGGACCAGUGACGAGCUGGUUUUACAUCAGUGGGGCCAGGACACCUCGGCUCUGCUCCAAAAGGCUGGGAUGAAAUGCACGUUCCACUCGUACCCAGGACUCUACCACCAGAUCUGUGGCCCGGAGAUGGAGCUGCUGCGCGGGUGGAUCCUCAGCAGACUUCCCCCCUCCGGCUCCUGACCUCCAAGACAGACUCACGGACCUGACAGAGAUGUACAGCGUGUAAUUAAGACUAUGGUUUUGUGCAUUUGUAGGAGAACAGACAGGAGCUGGGGCUGCAAGAUUAACCGCAAAUCAAAUUGAAAAUGAGAAUGGCAAUUGGGACCUUGCACCAUGAAAUACCAUAAUUUUAAGACCGCCACACACUACAGGAGAAUUUGCCCGAUUUAGGCUGCGAUUUGCUUUUCCGUGAGUUUGCGGAAGUACGGCCUGACUUCAUGUGUCUUCACGUGCUCUCCUCAUGUGUGGUGUCAGUGUGACUCUGAGCUGCUCUGUCAGAUCGUAACCACCAAACAUCAGCAACGCAAUGAGAACAGCAAAUAAAACAGAGCGUCAGGGGCAGAGGAGUGACGGACACAGAGGCGCAAGAUACAAACUCAAGAAAUACCGAAAAUAAUGAGAAGACUUUAUUCCUCACCUCUCGUAAAGUUGUAAAUUUAAACUCCAGCACCUCAUCCACAUUAUCUAUAGAAUCUGUCCACCACAAAUAAUAACCCCCAGUCCACAAAACAUAAAUAUAUUAAUAUAGUUUGUAGUAGAGCCCUUCACUUCCUCAGGGCGACGCAAAACAGUGCGGCGCAGGACACAUUUUGAAAGCUCAUUGCGGGUGCCGGUGGGUGGGAUGAUAAACUGCAGUCCCGCAAACUAAAUCUGAGUGUAAAGUAAAAUAUACAAAUGAUGAAUGUAAGCCUAUGAUACAUCAUUUGUGCUGGAUAUUUUAUUGGCAUUGGCAAAACAUUUUAAGCAGCCUAAAUUUGCAGACGUGGUCUAAUCUGGAGCACAUUUUAGUCAAUUCCUUUCUGCUUCUCCGUGUUUGGUAGAGCUUAAGAAAGCGAAAGCAUCCCCAUCUUGCGGGUUUUGCAGGCGGAAGUGAGACAAAAUAUCAAAGAUGCGGGCAGGAGCGGGAAUAAAAAUUACAGUUCUUUGCGUGUAUGGGUGGGAGUGGGACUGAAAAUUCCAUCUCGCGCAGACCUCUAGUUUGAAGGGUUCGUUAAAAGUAAAAAGGCGAGAGUAAGAGUAAGUUCUGAAGCUGCAGAUUAGUGACAGUGACUCUACUUCCUGUGAACUUUAUCUCCAGCCUUCUGUGCUUUUAAAAUCAUGUUUCUGAAGUUUUGCACCACAUUUCACAAAUAAUAAUAACACAGUUUUGAUUUGUAUCUAAACGAGAAGUGCAGAGCAAUGAUCUUUUGAAGACUUAAGAGUCUCAAAGCGAGUGGUUUUGCUGUAGACUGGAAACGGCUGACUCGAGACGCGUUCACAACUUUAUAUCCUGUGGUUAUCCUCUUUGCGAUCAGAAAUUUUAAGUCUCAUAAGAUUAUCCUCAUGUCUGUGGUGUGCGCUUUUCAUUUAAGAUAAAGGAAAUAAAAUCCUGUAGUGUGUAGCGGCAUCAAAAACUCCAACCCUGUAGUUUAGAUCUGUACAAACAUGUUCUGAAAUCUGAUUCUUCUGUUACUUUGUCAGUUCAGAUUUCAGUCUUUUUGUCAGUUCUUCUUUAGUUCAAGGGGCAUUCCAGUGCUUUUUUUUUUUUUUUUGUAAUCUGAGGUAGAAAACAUCCCAUUUACCGGUAGUCAGUUUGUCACUCUCACCUUUUUUUGCCAAAAAUGUUUGUCAAAAUGGGACCAUGAACAAUUGUAUCGAUGACAGGCUCCUGAAAAUGUGUUGUUUAAAUCCAUUUUGUAUUUUUUUUGAGUUUUCAGACGAUUGUAAAAGCUAAUGUGUGCACCAUAGACAUAAUGCAGCCCUCCCCAGCACGAUGUCACUGCAAAGGACCAUUACAUUUAUAGUUUUUACACAUCCUUGCCGUUAUAGACUAUGAUCUCCCGUUGUCCUUUUACAUCAGAACAGUUUUCCGUGUUUUUGAGGCUGUGGAUGGAAUAAUCUUUAUAUAAACGUCUGUGGGUUAGUGACAAAAGCAGUGCCGAAAGCCGUGUUUAUUUAUUUAGUCUCCGCUCUGUCACGAGUCCAGACGGUAAACGGCACCACAAAAGGUUAUGGUCCAUGUCUGUCCACAGAUAUUCAAAAAGAAAUUCUACACACACUACCAGUCAAACAUUUGGACACACGUUUUCAUUCAUGUUUCUUCUCGAUUUCCAUUUAUUCCACUUUUUUUUUUUUACUACAUUAUUCCAUAUAUCUUGCUUCAUGUAUUUGAUAUCUUUCGCAUGUAUAUAAAAUAUAAAAUGUAAAAAGCAGUAAACAAACAAAAAAAAACUUGAGGGUGUGUCCAAACUUUUGACUGUAAUUAGACAGAAUGAAUAGGUGCAUGGAUACAUAAUCUGAUUUCUUUGAUUUUCCACAAAUAUGCAGGCUUUAAUUAUGCAAAAAAGAGCAAAAAUAUAAAAAUGCAAAGGAAAUGUUAAAGAUACACUGUGUAACCUUUCUGAUGGAGGGUCGCCACAUGAUUGUUUCCAUGGAGAUGUUGCCUAGUACUUCAUUAAACACUUGCAUCUUGCAUUUAUUCAAUCUGUACGGCUAAAAUACAUUGAAAAAUAUUACAAUAUUUUCUAUUUGUACCAUAGGGCCUCUCCACAGAUCUGACCCGGUGGUGUCAGCUGCCUGUCUUCACUGAUAUAAGUUUAAUGUGAUAUAUUAAAGCAAUUACUUUUUCGAACUAUAAAUCGCACUUAAAAUCCUUUAAUUUUCUCAAAAAUCGACAGUGCGCCUUAUGUAUUAAUUCUGGUUGUGCUUUCUGAGCUCGAAACGAUUUUAUGUGAUGCACGGCGCUCAAAAGUCUGUCAAAAUGUUUUGGUACAACUUUAGUAAACUACGAAGCUCAUUCAUCAAGCAUUCAAUUACGCCACGAUCUGCCGAUGGAUCGUGGACGCCUGGGCUAAGGGAUCAGUCUCAAGUGUCGUCUGUUUGUUUUGCUUAAUGUUCCUUUUAAUCCGGUGCGAUUUAUGUAUGAAAAUAAUUGAGAGAAUUCAACAUUAUUGAUAUUGCGCCUUAUAUUCCGAAAACACACAACAUCUCCAUAAAGACAAGCAGUUGGCGACCACUCCACCCGAAAAGUUACCUACAGUGCAAUUUUAAAGGUAUUUAUAUAUUACACAAACUUGACUCAUAAAGGUGCACUGUGUAACUUCUCAGAUUUGGAGAAGUUACCAUGGAGAUGCUAUUCCUUUGCCUGUAAUGUUCCACAAACUUAAGAUGCUUUUGAUCAAUUAUAGGUGUUUUUAUUGCUCAAAAAUGCCUUUAAAAACCUGCAUUCUGACUGUGAGCGGGGUCGCCUCUUCACAGAUCUCACCUGUAAACUGCUCUGGUGGAGUCUCCUGCUCGUUUCUAUGGCAACGGAAAAGAUUAACGCCAUACUGCAGUUGUGUUUUGUUUCAUUCACACAUGUUUGAGUAACGCUUUAUUAUCAGUCUGUAUAAAAUCUCUCAUCUCCAAAAUGCGUCGUAUUUUGUCUUCCAAAUGUAACAGCAGACCCGAGCACAUCUCUUUACUGGGUUAUCUGAGUUAUCUGAUUUGUAAAAGAACUCACUGUCUCGGAGACUGAGCUGAAAAAGAUGUUAUGAUGAAUGCUCUUGUUGUUCACUGUCCUCUGUUUUGUUUUGUUUCUAUGUUAUGUUUUAUAACUUAUAUAUAUUCUUGAUUUAUGGAAAAAAAAUCAAUAAAGAGAAUUAUAUUUUU